GUAAAGCACUUUGAAAUGCCUUACUGCUGAAAUGUGCUAUACAGAUAAAAUUUGAUUAAUAUAAUAAGAAAAGCUUAAACACUACAGCGUAGUAAAAUACUCCUAAAAGUCCUUCUUCCCCCCCCAAAAAAUGUUACUCACGUAAAUGUAAUUGAGUAAAUAGAGCAAUAGUUACUAUCCAACUCUGGCUAAAUGUGAGCUUUGGAAUCAGAGGGGAAACUAAAAGCAUUCAAGUUGUCCGGAAUUGGGGGGAGGGGGGGGGGAAUGUUGAAAGACGACAAUGGUGUUCACGUGAUAUCAUAUAUUUAGCACGAGUCACGUCCUUUGCAUCAUCACCGGCUGCUGCUAGAUGCUCACAGGUGCUUCCGAAAAGUUUCCCACGUGACCUCCCCCUCCCCUCCACCCCCUCAGUCCGUCAUUGUUUGAAGUCUUCACAAAGACGCUUCCACCGUCCAUCAGCGUCAUGCUUCGGGUCGGUACCAGAGACCCACGCGCUGGAUGAAUGGCGGGUUAUACGCGCGAGCUGCUUCUUGCUUCUUCCACACUUCCAGCGCUUUCAUUGGCCGUUCUGUUGAUGUGUGUGUGUGUGUGUGUGUGUGUGUGGGUGGGUGGGUGGCUGGGUGUGUGUGUGUGUGUCACAAAGUUUUCUCGCUCAUUAUCACACCUUACGGUGGAGUGUUCGGGAACACACACCGGCCGGGCCAGAGCUGCUGCUGCGAGUCGAUGCGAAUUAAACGUGGGUGUGAUGAUUUUCCGGGACUCUGAGGAAGGAGGUCCGAGAGAGUUCACGCGCAUAGACCUUCCAGCUCCGCAGCCAGAGAUUAAUCUGCGGGGAGAGAUGGCGGAGGAAGUCCUCAACGAUUUCUACCCGGAUUUAAACGAGCUGGAGAGCAAGGUCGGGAGGAAAACGCCGGAGAGUCUCCUGGCUUGGAUGAAGGACGCCGCGGACCGCGAGGGAUGGACGGCUGACCCGUCGGGCCCCUCGGAUCACACCUCGGAUGGCUUAUCUGAUAAAAUCAACACCUUAAAACAAGAGAUGCGGUGGCUCCGCUGUGCCGACGUGAGGAUCCUGCGGCAGCUGUUGGCCGUGCACGAAGGCAUCGAGGCCAUGCGCUGGCUGAUGAAGGAGAGGGGCCUCCAAACCAGCCGGUGCAGCAGCUUAUCAGGCAGCCUGAGCAGCUUGGUGACCAUCGAGGAGCACGUUCCCUCAACGUCUCCCUGCAGAGAAGACCCAACUCCUGCCUUCCCUCAGAGCAUAAGGCUAGCAGCCAAUACAACACCAGCAGAUCAAAACCCAUCUGAGACGUCUGAACCCCAGUCUCCCUCCAAAUCAAUCCUAGUUGAAAGUCACGCUCAGGUUCCGCUUUCCGCCGCCAACAGUUUGGUCAGCGCUGACGCACCCAAGUCGGAAGCCCCAGAGUCGGGUUCGGCGCGGUUCCACAUCAUUAACGGCGCCGAGACCAUCAAGAGAGCUCUGCUCAGGUCCAGCAGAAGAAAGCAACUGAAAGCUGCCGGCCAGGAUGCAGGAGAGAAAAACUCUGAACGUCCAACUCAGCAGAGUUUAUCUGUGUUCAAGAGACAGGAAGUGAAGAAGGACGAGGAUGAGGAGGAGAGUUCAGCUGGUGGGGAGAAAGACUUACUGGGUUAUGAUGCUCAGUGGUCCUGGGUGGAGUCCAAGGAUGAUAUCACAUUUUUAUGAUCUUCCAUGCGGACACUUUAUGUUAAAGCUUUGCCUUUUAAACUGUAAACUUCUGGAGAGACGGUGGAACUUAAAAUGAACUUUGACACCGAGUGAAACUUGAACGUAUUUAAUGCGGAUUUAUGCUUCAGACCAACUCAGGAAGUCCUGUUUGGAGUUCUCCACAAGCCAGGAGGACACGGCAAAUGUUCAUUUCGAAUUUGGUUCAAAAAUACUUUAUUGAUCCCGGAGAGAAAUGAAAUAACCUCACAUACAUAUACAUAAACAAGUGGGAAAAGGUGAUAUUAUCAGAUGAGACCAAAAUGAACUUUUUGAACUAAAUGCUAAACAGUUUGUGGGAUAGAAAGUCAACAAUGCGAUAUGAUGACUAAAGGUGUUUCUAGAAAGUAUUGACUUUGGGGCUGAACAUAAAUACACCUCACACUUUUCAGAUUAUUUGUACUAAAUAAAUAAAUUAAACAAUUACAAAGCCA